AUGCAGUCACUCAACAAGCUUUUUCCACCCACUAUAGUGGUCACAGCACCAUCAUCUUUUGAGGAUUCGCUCUCAACAUCUUCACACAUCGGAAGCGUGUCACAUACCUCUGCGUCUUGCAAGGUCCAUGCCGACAUGACUGAAGACGACAAAGACGAAGACUGCGAGAAUCCUGUUUACAUCAAGUCACUCGGUCCUAAAUUCCGCGGAGUCGAAGAGUUGGUCACUCAUCCAAAAGCAGACGACGAUGGCUUUGGCUUGCUGAACCACAUGACUUCGUCCUGUCUGAGCUCCGAUUUCGACUACGAGGGCGAGUAUGAGGACUACAAGUAUACCCACGGGAUUCUCGAAGAAAUGGGCGUUGAGUGCGAUGAGCUCGCUAUCAUGGCAUACACCCUCGCUUACUUCGGUGCCGAGGCGCCCGAUGGUAGCCAAAUGAUCAUGGCAACGUUCCAUGAUGCGUAUACGAAACACCAGACGGGCCAUCUAGCUUUCCAGGGUGACAAAGUCAGCGACGAGGUUAAACAGCACUUCUUGGACCUAGCAUGCGAUGUACGCAAACACAAGCCACACUUGCAUCUUCUCGCAUGGAAAUUCGAAUCUGUUGUGGAUGAAGAAGAGCCUCGUCUGAACAUUGGUUGCUUUGAACAUCCUCGGCAGUUCCCAGCGGUGUGGAACGCAGACUUUGACGAAAUCCCGUUGCCUCUUGGAGAAGAACGUGUCGUGGUCGGACUAGUUCGCUCCGGUACUCAGCGCAAGAUCAUCUACGAGACGAUGAAAGUGCGCAAAGAUCUGCCAGAAGACCCAAUGGUAUAUUCCUCCUGCCAAAAGGGUAUCGAAGCAGCUCGCGCGCUCGCCGAGUACCAGGAAGACGAUGAGCAGAUCCAACGGGCUACGCCAAUCCCUGAAAGCGAUCGGCCUUGUUUUGAAGGAGGACUACGACUAGACGAUGUACCAAAAGCAAAGUGGGAGUACCUUCACGAUUUCCCCGGCGAGAACGAUGGAUUCGUUCAAGGUACCCUGGAUAGACUGGAGAAGCUACGCGCUGAACCGGAACGCUAUGAUCAACUAGUCGCAACCGAUUCCCACGAGUAUGAGCCCGGCAGUAUCCUUGGAGAUCGUAAAGGCCUCGAAGAAGACAUGAUUGUUGGACUCUGGAAAGACUUAUACCAUGAAGAGGAGUGUGACACCGACGCGCUACGCCAACAGGGGCUGCUUAACCCCGAGGACGACUUUGGCGACAACGCAGAGUACAUGAAGGCGAAGACGCUAUGGUGGGAGCAGAAGAUGGGCAUCCGCGAUAUUGAAGCUAUUGUGCGGUACCAUAUGAAGCACAUUCGCGCACGGCGACGCCCAAAUCGAGCUGCAUACUUCUUGACCGAGGAAGACGAUGCCAUUCUGAACAAAAAUUCGCCGGAAUACCCAGCAUCGCGGGCUAGUCCAGAGAAGGUUCCCGAAGAAUAUCGAUUCUAUGACGAACUCCAUGACAGCCCGGUAGAUUGGGCGGCAAAGUCGGAGUGCUGGAUUCGGCUGUGGCGUCUUUCGGUUACCAACAACAUCCAACACGACGACUUCGACGAGGAAUGCCGCGAGCCUUACGAUGCGCUCGUGGAAUAUCAAGACAGCCGCGAACCAGGCUGUGAAGCACACGAAGAGCCAGAAGAGUUUGCACGCCCACUUCUUGCUGGGCGCCGUGUUCAUACUCUGGCUGCGCUAGAGCGGAAACGCAGCGAUUCGGGUGUUCAGCUAGAUAGCAUAACUGCUCCCGUUGGCCUAAAUGCUGGAUUCAAUUAUGCAUCCGGUAGGAUUCCUGCGGCUCCUCCGAUUGUUAACCACAGCGCUUCUGUAUUGAACUCUAAAGCUCGCACGUCAGGCGGACUUAUGGAACAUAUCCUGACAGUUCGCGAUGAUGAGGAAAUCAAUCCGGCUGAUGCGGUAGCUAAUGCACCAUCUCCCAAGUUCCUCAAGGCUUUCCUGGAAAAGAAGAAGAAGGGCAAUGCACCUUCUCCAGAAUUUCUCAGGGCAUUCGUGAAGAAGAAGGCCUUGGGAGGUGCUGUCAAAUCCAGCAUCCAAGUUCCGCCUGGCAUUCUCUCUGACUAUCCGGCAGUUGAGAGUGGUAUAACCGAUCAAGAUCCAGAAAUGCUCUGUAACUUGAUACAACAAAAUGCACCCGGUCCUGUCCCCAUCCUGGGACGCGUCUGGGUAGGCUCAUCGAAUCCCGAGGUGAGCCGUGACCAACGUCACGAACAGCAGAUCACUGUUCGCGAUGGUAUAGCUCUGACCCGACCGAGGAAUGAUGCCGAGAACCGGUUGAUGGAUUUACUCCAUCUGCCCCGUCAGCAAGGCUGA